ACGCUCAAUGAUAAGACAAGAGUGCGGUCCAUGAGUCUUCGCCCAUGUUUCUCAGCGUGCCGCUUUCCCGUUUUCUUCGGUGCCGUUUGCUUCAUGGGUUGAUAUCGGUUUCGUAUGACUGAAUUUAUGAAGUAUCCUGACCGUCUGUAUCCCGUGGAGUCACGUAAACUCUCGUAAAUGGUAGGAAGGGGUAUGCGCAACCGUUAUUGAACCCGAGACAUCGUCAUUCCAACUGCAGAGAAUGAAUUAAUCAUGUUUAGCGGAUCGUACUUCGGUUAUGAUCUACAUCACGUAUGAACACCUCUGACCAUCUAAUGAUUACAACGACUUGGCAGCAGACAUGUCAAGAUAUCGAAACCUUUUAUCUGUCCCGUCGCCAAGCCUCGGACCGACGAAUGUGGCAUGCUUUGUCCGGCGCGUACGGUCCGUCAUGCGCGGUCCGGUUCGAAGUAUUUCUCCCUCAUAAACCCUCGGAAAGGUCACUAUAUCGUCCAUAGACGAUCCUAUCUGCUCUCCUCUUCUUUGAUUUUUGUCAUGACUUCAAAUAGUCCCAACGGCGCGCCUCAGCCGGGCGAGCCCAAUGGUGUUCAUGCAGUGAUUGGUGCCAAUGGCGGCCGACCGUUGAAGCCAGGCAUCUAUGCACCCAUACCAACCUUCUUCUUGGAUGACUCAGAGGAUCUUGAUUUGCGGUCAUUUGCUGAACAUAUCAUCAGACUUGCUCAAGCUGGUGUUCCGCCUCUCAUUGCAGGCUCUAUGGGCGAAGCUUCGCAUCUCACGCACAUUGAACGCACCACACUUAUCAAGACGGCUCGCGAUGCUUUGAAUGAUGCUGGUUUCCCGGACGUGCCCAUCAUUGCUGGCACCGGCACCGGAAGCACGCGCGAGACUGUUGAGCUCUGUAGGGAGGCAGCACAAGCUGGCGCCGACUACACAAUCGUUAUCGCUAGUGGAUACUUUGCCGGCGUCUUGGUUAAUAACAAGAAGGCAUUAAAGGCCUUCUGGACAGAGGUCGCUGCAAAGAGUCCUAUACCUGUUAUUAUCUACAACUACCCUGGCGCUAGCGGAGGCAUAGAUUUGGAUUCUGAAAUUAUCACGGAGCUCGCACAAGAAUGUCCCAACCUUGCUGGCGUGAAACUCACCUGUGGAAAUGUAGGAAAGCUCACCCGCAUUUGUGCAACCGUUUGCGACCCGUCAUUUUCAUCUGUGUACCCUCGCAAGAAUCUAAAUGCCCCAUUCCUGGUUUUGGGUGGUUUCAUUGACUUCCUGGUACCUUCUACAUUCGCCAAUGCGCAUGGUGCGAUUACUGGCCUUGUAAAUGUUGCACCUUAUACUAUUGCGAAGCUGUUUGAGCUAUCAGCGUCUGCAAUGCAAGAUCGUUCGCUCCUUCCUGAAGCACAGCGCCUUCAGGGCAUUGUCGCUCGCGGAGACUAUACUAUUGCCAAGGCAUCAAUUGCAGGAACGAAGGCUUUGCUAGAGAAGUUGUAUGGUUACGGCGGCAAUCCCCGCAAGCCUUUACCACGGAUAGAGCCAGAAGCUGCUGCUUCCUUAUGGCAACACCCUGAUAUGCAGGCACUCGUACAGGUGGAACGCGAGUUGAGUGGGAAAAUAUAGACUUUUUUUAUUGUUUUCGACGCAACAGCGUUGUUCAUCGAAUACUCAUACAUUCAAUUCACCGCAUGUGUAUUCUAUCGUAUGUUCUCAUAUUCCACUUGUCGUCUUUAUGCAGGAGAGUUCACGCUCACAUCUC